UAGUCUUAUGACGCUUACCAGGUUUAUUGAUGGCUUAACAGAUGACCUUUCAAUGCACGUGAGAAGCUACAGGCCAGAAUCUUUAGAGGAAGCCUACGCCAUCACUACGCAGUAUGCGAAUGCAGCAUACAGACGUACGCUAAAUAAGAAGCCGACAAUAGAUAACAUGGACAAACAAAGUUUUCAUAAUAGACAGGCGAAACAAAACAAUUACAACAACAACGGCAACUCGCUCAAUGCGAAACCUGCCAACUCCAAUUCCAACAACCCAAACCAUUCAAAAACAUAUGGGUCGGGAAAAUUUAAAACGAGAAGCUCACCAUCGGACGAUGACGUCUCCAUGAGGACGGCGAAAUCUCGUGUCGAGGUGAAUAACCACGACAAUAAAACAGAACGCGAAAGCAAACUUGAGGAAAAACCUGACACCUCAAAUCAGCUGGAGGAAUCCGUUCUAGAGUCGGAUGACGAUGACUACUUCGUCGACGACGAGCUAAAUUUUCAGGUGAAAUGAAAUUUUUGGUCGAUACAGGUGCGAACAAAAACUAUCUUUCACCAGACCACGUCAAUAUAGAAAACUGCAAAACCGAAACGGGAAUUAAGGUGACGAACAUAAAAGGAACCCACUCAAUAAACAGAUCGGCCUCUUUCGACCCGUUUCAAAUCAACAAGAAAUUGAAGUUUUUCAUCUUUAAAUUUCACAACUUCUUUGAUGGAUUGAUUGGUUAUGAGUCGUUAAGAGACUUGAACGCUCAAAUUGACAUUCGCA